AUAAAACAAAUCAAAACAAAGUUUAUAAGAAAACCAAAAAAAAAUUAAUAAAAUGGCAAAUUUCAUGUGCUUUGUGAUCCUUUCGUUGGCUUUGUUUGCCAGUGUUGCUGUGGCGCGACCAGGAUAUGCUUUGGAUUAUUAUGAUCAUCCCAAGUACGCUUUCAAUUAUGGCGUGGCGGACCAUACCACAGGCGAUGUUAAGUCGCAGCAUGAAACUCGCGACGGUGAUGUGGUUAAAGGUCAAUACUCGCUGGUCGAGCCUGAUGGUUCCAUACGCACCGUUGACUACACAGCAGACUCGAUACACGGCUUCAACGCUGUUGUAACCAAGUCUGGCCCCACUGUGCAUGCUCAAGCUCUGGUUACCAAGCCCGUGGUGGCUCACAAGCCCAUACUAACGCACUAUGAGCCACAUGUGGCUGCUGCUCCAGUUGUGGUGGCCGCCUCGCCGGCGCCUUAUGUUGCCCAGCACUACGCGCCCGCAGCCGCGCCCAUUCACUACGAUUACGAUGAUGGAUACUACAACCAGGCUCAGUACGAGUAUGUGCCCCAAUACGACGCCGGACACGGACACUACGGACACUACACGAGUCCCUAUGCGACACACUACUAAGAAUUUUUUAACGAGCAACUUUAAGCAAAUUUUAGUUUGUACAUUUUCAAAAAACAAAAACACCGAAACCUACAUACGUAAGUCAAAAUGUUGCAGUUGAGCUGGCUGUGCUUGCUUGCUAAACUGUGUUUUGAGAUCGGCACGCUGUCAACUUGCUCGUUAGAUUAUACAUCGCUACUCUAAGUUGUGAAUUUUAUGUAAAAUAAAAAUAUAAACAAUGAAAUUAUAUAA